AUGGCGAACAAAUAUUCUACUGUGCUUGACUUCUGGUUUUGCGUUAUCUGCAUCGUGAUCUGUGCUAGGGUUUGUUCUCCUGCUAGAUCCGAUAAGGAAACGAGGGAUAGGUUUUAUGGUAAUAUGCUUAAUUCGUCCGCGCCGGAAUCCAAUGAUGGGACUUUGGCUAAGAUGUUCGAUCGUGUUCUUGAGAAGGAGUUUUCUGAGAAUGAUACACCUGAAGAACCUGAUAAAAACAGCUUCAAUAACAGUGUAGCUGAUCAGCAGGCAGUAUUGGAGACUGUAGCUAAAAUUACUCAUGAUAAAGCUAAGAGAAAUGAUACGCGUGAGGGAAAUGGCACAAGAUCAUUUCAGUUUCAAGAUGUCUUCUCUCUGGAAAAUGAAGAUUCUGAUGAUGUGACAACUUUGAUUGACAAAAAGGACAAUGUCUUUGUGAUGUCAAACAAGAAAUCCAAAUAUCCUGUGCUUCAAGUGGAUUUGAGGCUAAUAUCAGAUUUGGUGGUCAUCAUAGUUUCUGCGGCCAUCGGUGGAAUAGUCUUUUCCUGUUUGGGGCAACCGGUUAUUGUGGGGUAUCUUCUUGCAGGCUCCCUUAUUGGACCAGGGGGUUUGAAAUUCAUCAGUGAAAUGGUACAGGUUGAGACUGUUGCUCAAUUUGGGGUAGUGUUUCUUCUCUUUGCUUUGGGGCUGGAGUUUUCCCUAGCAAAGUUAAAAGCUGUGGGGCCUGUUGCUGUUCUUGGAGGACUGCUUCAAAUUGUAAUAUUCAUGUUCCUUUGCGGAAUUCUUGCCAUGUUAUGCGGAGGAAAACUGUCUGAGGGUGUUUUUGUUGGUUCCUUUCUUUCAAUGUCAUCCACAGCAGUGGUAAUUAAGUUUUUGGUGGAGCGGAAUAGUAACAAUGCUCUUCAUGUUCAAGUUACAAUUGGCACUCUUAUUUUUCAGGAUUGUGCAGUGGGUUUACUAUUUGCUUUACUCCCUGUUUUGGGUGGUAACAGUGGUCUUUUACAAGGGAUUAUUUCAAUGGGAAAACUGUUGCUAGUACUGUCCUUGUAUCUCACUGCUACAUCAAUACUGACUUGGUCGUUUGUUCCUCGCUUUCUCAAACUGAUGAUGCGGCUCUCAUCUCAGACAAAUGAACUUUAUCAGCUAGCCGCUGUUGCUUUCUGCUUGUUAUCUGCAUGGUGCAGUGAUAAGCUUGGUCUUAGUCUUGAGCUGGGUUCAUUUAUGGCAGGUGUUAUGAUUUCCACAACAGACUUUGCUCAACAUACUUUGGACCAGGUGGAACCAAUUCGGAACCUAUUUGCAGCUCUCUUCCUCUCAAUUACGAAGGCCUUUGGUUAUAGUCUUAAGACAGCAUUUGUUGUUGGUAUCUCACUUGCUCAAAUUGGAGAAUUUGCUUUUGUUCUGCUGGGUCGUGCUUCCAAUCUUCAUCUUGUUGAGGGGAAAAUGUAUCUUCUCCUUUUAGGGACAACGGCUCUCAGUCUGGUCACAACGCCGCUUUUGUUUAAAUUGAUUCCGGCUGUCAUGAAUCUGGGUGUUCUCAUGCACUGGUUUCCCUCUGAAAAUGGCUCGCAAAAUGAGGGGAAAGCUUUGAUGAUCGAGGCAAACAGAAUGUUGUGA